CAGCCCAUUUGCAGUAACCAAUCUAACUACUGGCAGCCCAUGUCCAACUACACGUAGACCUGUCAGACAAUUGCUGAUGAUGGUGGAUUCGCUUCGGCAUGCCCAUGAGGAGCUUGCUCGGAAGCAGGCGGAACAACACCAGCACCUCCUGCAAGAAAUGCAAUUUUUGCUUAAAGGCAAAGAGCCGGUGGAUAUCAGUAUUAAUGACGGCAACGAAGAAUCCAGUAGGCAGGAAGAUCACGCUCCUGUUUUUCAGCCUGAGCAUCCUGAGGGUAUCGUAAGUGGCAACGGUGAAAUCAGCGGAAAUGUGACUCAUAAUUUCCAGAACAAUUCUACCGCCGAAAUACCUCACAGUCGGCCUUCUUGCCUCAAUUUUCCGAAGUUCAAUGGUGAAGACCCUGAAGACUCGGUUUGGCCAAAAAGAUAGAAUGGUAGAAUGGUGUCCGGUCGUUGGGACAGACAAUUCCUCACUCCGUAGAGUAUGAAGAGCUACCUUCAGCCCAACAAAAGAUGGAAGAUAACCAUCC